AUGACCUUAUUUUUUUUGGCUCUGCGCUGGAGUAGAAAAGAAUCGGUAUUACUGCUACUAAAAGUAUCUUAUAUUUUAGCAGUGUUUAUUCAAAUUCAUGCUUUAAUUAAUCCUGCAAUUUACAAAUUUUCAUUCAGUACCGGGAAACUGGAUUGUGCAGGGACUUGCUGGUAUCGGAAAUCGAUCGGUGCUUAUGAGAUGAAACAGCGAGGCGGAAUAUUGGUGACGUUCUUGAAAAUGGUUGCCAAUUACGGCACUCUUUUCAACAAGCUCGCUCAUUCUGGUUGUUAUUUGGUUCCCUUGUUUAGUGCUUUUUUGCGCUCAGUAUUUACCAAUGCAUUUGGGUCGUCAAAAGCAAUGUUGAGUUCGCCGACAAAAACUGAGAUUUUUUUUUUGGAAGACGAACAAACUGUUAGAAACCUGUCUAAGAGAAAGGCAGAUGCAGAAAUAGAAGAUAAUGGGAAACGACAUUUUUAUUAUAUUGGACCACAAGUUGUGCCCAUUCUGCAAAGAUCUUUGCCUAGAACACCAUGGAGUGACUCUAUAUCUUUGAAGAAAAGGGUGGGUUCUUCAUCCUUUACUUCUGGCACGACUAUUUGA